AUGACGGAAGAUUUCGGGACCGAGACGGCAAUCUCCUUUUGCGAUGGCCAGAGUCCAGCUUUGCUUCCGCUCCGCGACAUACACGACGAAGUCAUCGCCGCUGCUGACAUCGUGCCCGUCGCAGAGUAUAUUGCUCUUGAUUGUGAGCUGUCAGGCACAGCACUGCUGGUCCGACACGAUGCUCGGACAACCGACGGCUAUAGCAGCCGCGAUCGCUCAGUGAUCAUCACCGGCGGCGCCAGUGGACUCGGCGAAGCAACAGCGACCAAGUUCAUCCAACAUGGCGCUUACGUGACCAUUGCCGAUAUGGAUGAUGCCUUGGGCGAACGGCUAGUCGCAAAUCUCGGCGACAGAGCAACGUACGUGCACUGUAACACGACAGACUGGACCUCAUCCGCCGCAGCAUUCAAGCACGCAGCCAGGCAUGCACCUUCCAAGACGCUUGACAUCGCAGUCCUCUUCGCCGGCGUAGGCGGAGAAAGCAAAGGACUUAUCGAUCUAGCCCUGGAACAGCCUCUACCCUCCCUCUCAGCAGACGACGACCCAGCACAACCAGCACACAAGGCGAUUGACGUCAAUCUGAUCGGGGUCUACAUCAGCACAUACUUAUCCCUGCACUAUUUUCGCCUCCCAGCGGCUCAGCCUCAGACAUUCACCAAGUCCCUGGUGCUGAUCUCUUCGAUGAUGGGCUACAUCGACGGACCCUACAAUACCGGGUACUCAGCCAGCAAAUUCGGGGUGCGAGGGUUGUUCUGCAGUGUGAGAGGGCAGGCCCACAAGGUCAACGCGAGGAUCAAUAAUAUCGCGCCGGGAUAUAUUCUGACGCCAUUGACGCAGAGAGUGCAUCAGAUUGAGCGGCCGGAUCAGCCGAGUAAGGCUACGGGUUUGGUCCUACCCUGGGCGUCGAUUGAUCAUGUGGUGGACGGAGUUGGAAGGUGUGCGGUGGAUGAGAAGACUGCUGGCAAGACCCUCGCCAUUGUGCCCUCUGGCGUGGUGGACAUGGAGGAGGACAUCCCGACUGGCUACGGAGGCGCCAAGUGGGCACAAGUGCUGGAGGAAGAAGGAUUCACGAAAUUGACGACACUAUUCCCAACGAAGGCAUGA